AUGAAUGAAGUUAGUCACGCUGACCUUGAGAGUAAUGAUAGUCACGCUGAAAUUCCCCCUGAGAAUAAUUUUGAUAUCAAGCCUGAAAUUCGUCUUCCAAUGUCUGACCAGGAAUGGCUGUUAGCUAACAAAUAUUUCCACUCCAUUUUUUCAAAUAUUUCUGUCAAUGCGUCAACGGUUGAUCCUGUAAUCCAAUUAAUGAUUGAAACAAUAUACGACUACUUCAAAGAAACCUGUGUAACAAUCGAAUGCUGCAACAAAGAUCUCAAGGAAAAACACGCCAAUCUCACAGCAAAGAAUUUAAAAAAAGAACUCAGAACUUUGAAACAUUCUUAUGCUCCUUUAAUUGAAAUCAAAUAUGUCUCUAACCUUCUUCAUAAUAAAAUCAAAAAACAAAGCUCACCCACUAAAUCUUCCAGUAUAACAAACCACGACCGUGACAAUACCAAGAAUUUCUGGAAUUACGUCAAGCGAACUCUACAAUAUGAAACUUCAGCUCUUCCAACUUUUUCUGUUGCAGGAUGUACCGAAUACUUUGUCAAAGCUUUUUCUGCCAUCGCACCGAACAAACAUUUCACCAUUCCUUCAUGGAUCCCUACUUUCAAUGAACCAUCUUAUUCAUUUGACCUAGAGCCACCUAGUUACAAAACCAUUACUUCUAUCAUAAGGCGUAUGAAAGCUUCUACUUCUCCCUGUCCUCUUGAAAAGAUAUCCAUCAUCUGUUUCAAACAAAAUCCCUAUCUUUGUUCUUUUCUUACUGAAAUAAUUUGUGUUGUCUGGCUUUCAGGUAAGGUACCAUCCGAAUGGAAAAAGGCCUCCUUGAUUAAAAAAAACAGCUCAGAUGAUCCAUCAAAGUUCAGGCCAAUCACUUUUGCUUCUUGCUUACGUGACUCCAUCUUCACUUUUCUGAAACACAAUGGCUUCAUCGAGCACCAAAUCCAAAAAGGCUUCACCUCAAAAGUAUCAGGUACAUUAGAGCACACAGCAAUGAUGAGCCAUUUAAUAAAUAAAGCUAACAUUGAGCAACGAUCUUUAGUGGUAUCUCUGCUGGAUCUCAAAAAUGCCUUUGGCGAUGUUCAGCACAAGCUGAUACCAGCUAUUCUUGCUUAUCAUCAGAUACCUUCGGAAAUUCAAUCACAAGCCUAUAUCUAG